UUAGUAGUAGUAUAAACAGUGUGUUCGGUAUUUUCUUGUAUCGUGGUUAUAUGAAUUAUCGAUUCUAGAUGAAGUACGUACUGGACACUACCGGAAAUUGUAUCACCCCGAACAAUUAAUAACCGGUAAAGAAGACGCUGCCAAUAAUUAUGCUAGAGGUCACUAUAGUCUCGGUAAAGAGAUGUUGAAUAUUGUUAUGGAGAGAUUGAAUAAAUUGGCUGAAAAUUGUCACGGUCUUCAAGGAUUUUUCGUUUUUCAUUCGUUCGGUGGUGGUACCGGAUCUGGAUUUUCGUCUCUAUUAAUGGAACGACUUUCCGGAGAAUACGGAAAAAAGAGUAAAUUAGAAUUCGUUGUAUAUCCCGCUCCUCAGGUAUGUACAGCCGUCGUGGAACCGUAUAACUCCAUUUUGACCACGCAUUCGACGCUCGGUCAUUCCGAUUGCGCCUUUAUGGUAGAUAAUGAAGCGAUCUACGAUAUUUGUAGGCGCAAACUCGGUAUCGAAAGACCCGAUUACAUCAAUCUUAACCGAUUGAUUAGCCAAGUAGUUUCUUCUAUUACCGCGUCUCUACGUUUCGACGGAGCUCUAAACGUCGACCUCACCGAAUUCCAGACAAAUUUAGUACCAUAUCCGAGGAUACAUUUUCCGUUAGCCUCCUACGCUCCAGUGGUAUCGUCAGAGAAAGCUUUCCACGAAGGUAUGUCGGUGGCGGAGAUAACGGCGGAACUAUUUGAACCGACAAAUCAAAUGGUCAAGUGCGAUCCAAGAGAAGGUAAAUACAUGGCGUGUUGUUUACUCUACAGAGGCGAUGUGGUGCCCAAAGACGUAAACGCUUCCAUAGCGUUAAUGAAAGCAAAAAGUAACGUCAGAUUUGUCGAUUGGUGUCCAACUGGUUUUAAAGUAGGUAUAAAUUACCAACCUCCGACCGUAGUCGAAGGAGGCGACUUAGCAGGAGUCCAAAGAGCAGUUUGUAUGUUAUCGAAUACAACGGCCAUAGAAUCCGCUUGGAAAAAACUGAAUAAAAAAUUCGAUCUAAUGUUUUCCAAACGGGCUUUCGUACAUUGGUAUAUAGGCGAAGGUAUGGAGGAAGGAGAAUUCGGCGAGGCUCGUGAAAAUUUGGCAACUUUGGAAAGGGAUUACGAAGAAGUUGCUUUCGAUUCAGUAGAAGAUGACGAAAACUGA